AUUCGCCUGAUAACUGUGAACAGUCUAUACCCUUUAAGAAGAGGCAGAAAGGUAAAUAAAUUUCUGAAAACUUAAAACCAUUAAUUACUGAAAUAUUUUUUGAUUCGUCAAAAAUGAUUUGCCGUCUGUGUUUGGAGGAAUCACAUAAUAGUUUCGAAAUCUUCUCUAUGAGUGGAGAAACCGAAAUUGCUAAAACCAUUGCCAAAUAUUUUCAUAUCGAGGUACAGCCUGAUGAUAUUAUUUCUAACAAAAUUUGCGAAAAGUGUUGGCAACAUUUAUUCGAUUUCCACAGGUUUUGGUUAAGUAUAGAUGAGAAACAAAAAACUCUUCAAACGCAUUUAGUUUGUAUUGAAAUAAAACCAGAUAUUGAUGCCAUUGAAACGGAAGAUUUCCCAGGACCUAAUUUAAACUCUCCCAUUGACUCCAAAAGUAAUGAGUUACGCGAGCCGGAAAUCGACAUGACCGUGUUACACCCUGCUGUGUUCGCAGAUGGGCUAGAAUUUGAAGCAACUGACAUGAAAGAUGAUGAAAUAUCGGUGGACCGAGAUUCAUUGUUUAGUCCAGUACCUUCAUCGGACGAAGAUGUUCCUCUAACCGAAUUAAUGACAUCCGAAAAUAAAGCCUGUAAAAACACUAAAAGGAAGCCAAAAAAGACAAAAUUAAAAAAUGAGAAAGGAGUUGUCAAAACAAAGCAUUCAAGCAAAAGAAUUAAAGCGAAAAAAGAAAUGAGAGACCUUGAAGGGCUCAAAUCAAAGGCAAAAGAAAAGCAGGAGAGAAAACUAGAUACGCAAGCAUUAAUACGGGAACUGGACGUAUUUAUAGCAGAAAACACGCAAUUAAGUUGUUGUCUGUGUUCGGUACCACUUAAAGAUUUCAAUGAAUUGAAGAAGCAUUUUCGCCUGGAACACAAUUGUGUGGGAUAUGUACCUUGUUGCAAUAAUCGAUAUCGGAAAAGAACAUUGUAUGUAGAUCAUCUGAAACUGCACAAGGACCCAGACUUUUUCAAAUGUACUCUUUGUAAUAAGCAAUUAGCCAGUCGAAACAACUAUCAAAAUCAUAUGGAUACAAAACAUCCCGACGCUGAAAAAUUGCUUUAUUCCUGUAAAUUGUGCCCUCGGAAGUUCGUCAAACAAUACAUUUUAGACUAUCAUAUAAAGUCUAGCCAUACCACGGAACGCAAUUAUAUUUGCAAAACUUGUAACAAGGGAUUCACCCAUUCAGCAGUUUUACGGCAGCACGAAAAGGCAGUCCAUUUGAAUACCUAUGACUCUGUAUGUGAAGUUUGCGGAAAAUGUCUUAAAACGCAACAGAACCUCAUUACUCAUAUGGAAGCCAUGCAUAGUACAGUUCCGCGUCCGGAAGAACAAUGCAAAAUUUGUCUUAAGUGGCUGAAAAAUGCACGCUGCCUAAGAAAGCACAUGAUUGCACAUCGCGACCAAGCAUCUGGACAAGAAUUUAAGUGUCCACAAUGUGGUAUGGAAAAGGCGACUCGACAUGCUCUUUCCGCGCAUAUACGGUAUUAUCACACAGACAAAGUUUUCACAUGCGCAAUGUGCAACAAAGAAUUUAGAAAUCCACGGGCUUUAAGGGAACAUGAGACAAUGCAUACUGGUACACAUUUAUAUACCUGUUCAUUUUGUCCCAAGACAUUCAGAUCGCAUGGUAACAUGCACAAACAUAAGGUGAACAACCAUUCUAAUGUAUACGUGCCGCACCGGUCGCAACCAAACGAAGUUACUAAAACACUUCUAAAUAACUUAUCAACUAAUGGAGAACAGAGUUGAAAUGGAAGGCAAAUAUUCCAUGCAGUAUAGUAUUAAUAUGGGUCUUCACACCGAAGCUUGGUACUCUGUGUCUCGGUGUUCGGUAAUCUUUUCCUAUGUAUUUUGUUUGUGUAACACUAUUUUACACAAAUAAAGUAUACUAGAAAAAAUUAUCGAGCACCGAGUUAACGAAUACCAAGCCCAGUGACCCAUAAUAUUUUGUAUUUAUUAAUAUCGUUAUGCAAUGUU